AUGGUUCUGGGCUUUGCUUUUGUUUCACCAACAACAUCUGCUUUGACGGUGUUGCGCCAGCACCAGGUCCGGCAUGCUGGUGGACGCGUUCGCAGGCACUUUCGAGAGCACCGGCACUGGGAACUGGCCUCGCGUACGCACCAGUUGGUCAUGCGGGGCUGCGUUGCCGAGCGCAGCAGCGAGUAUUUCGGAAGCGGCGCAGCAGUGCGGAAUUUGCAGAGGCUCAGUUUGCAUCCAGCGCCCCAGUUUAUCGGUUCGGAGUACGGAGGGAACGCUGAAUUCGGCGGGAAGAACGGAGGCACUGUGUUGCUUUGGUUCCGCUCCGAUCUGCGCUUAGACGAUAAUCCCGCGCUGUGUGCUGCGCUAGAGGAGGGUGCAAGCGUGCUCCCGGUAUACUGUUUCGAUCCGCGGCAGUUUGGGAAAACCUCGUUUGGUUUUGAGAAAACGGGAAGAUACCGCGCCAAGUUCCUGAUCGAGUCCGUAGCGGACCUGCGCAAAGCACUGAAGAAGAAAGGGAACAACUUGCUCAUCCGCAUAGGAAAACCCGAGGAAGUUAUUCCGGAUCUUUGCCGUAAGUAUGAGAUUAAGAAGGUAUUUUACCAUCAGGAGGUAACCUACGAGGAGCUCGAAUGCGAAGAGGCUGUAGCAAGGAAGCUGGAGGAUAUGAAGGUAGAGGUGCAUCCCUUCUGGACGAAUACACUGUAUGCCGUGGAGGACCUGCCGUUCCCUGUUGAGGAGACGCCCGACGUAUACACUGAAUACCGCCUCGCUGUGGAGAGCAAGUCGCGCGUUCGUGACCCUCUUGCCGCCCCGGACGAAAUCCGAGCCAUCCCGCGACAUGUCGAGUACGGCACGCUGCCGACGCUGGAGGACCUCGGACUGGGACAAGUCCCGAAGACACCGGAAUACGGGUCUGCGAGCACUGCGGGCUCCAGUCUGCAUCACUUCCGCGGGGGUGAGUCUGAGGCACAGCAGCGGCUCGCGCAGUACGUCCAAGACGCCAAACAUGCGCUCUCUGUCGGGGGUGAUGUUGAGCGCGCUGCAGCGCACCUCGGUGCCGACUUUAGCUGCAAAAUUUCACCAUGGCUGGCCCUAGGGUGCGUGUCGCCACGUCGCAUUUUCGCCGAGAUUAGAGACCAUGCGCUGAACGGCGCCGAGGGUGCCCAGAAAUCGACGACUUUCUUCGAGCUCGUAUGGCGUGACUUUUUCCGUCUCAUAACCUACAAAUACUCCACUAGCCGAUUGCGCAAGUCUGAAAGAGCCGCAGGAAUGCCUCACAAAGCGUCUGUGGCUGCUGCAGCGCCCCAGGCGAGCUGA